CCUGCGCAGUAGGCGGUGGUGGCAGGGGGAGGUGGAGGCUGUGGAGCGGCAGCGGCAGCGGCGGGUCCCGGGACUGAGGCAGCAGCGGGGGCGGCGGCGGGCGGAAGCUGAGGUGACGAAGGCAGCGGCGGCGGCGGCCGUUUCCCUCACGGUGGCGGAGACCAAGGCGGCGGCGGCGGACGGGGAGCGGCCCGGCCCCGGCCCCCUGCUCGUUGGCUGUGGCAGGGCCGCCGUGGGACCGGCCCGGCUCCCGCCCCCCGCGGCUCCCCCUCCAGCUCCUCCUCCGGGGAGACGCCGGGGGCCUGGCCCGGCCCGCACUCAGACUGCUGCUGCAGCCGCCGCCGGGGGAGUCGGAGGCGGUGGCGGCGCCAUGGGCGGCCUCGCCUCUGGGGGGGAUGUGGAGCCGGGACUGCCCGUCGAGGUGCGCGGUUCCAACGGGGCCUUCUACAAGGGCUUUGUGAAGGAUGUCCAUGAAGACUCUGUCACCAUCUUCUUUGAAAACAACUGGCAAAGUGAGAGACAAAUUCCUUUUGGAGAUGUCCGGCUACCACCUCCAGCUGACUAUAAUAAGGAAAUCACAGAAGGGGAUGAAGUGGAGGUUUAUUCCCGAGCCAAUGAACAGGAACCUUGUGGCUGGUGGCUGGCCCGGGUGCGGAUGAUGAAGGGAGAUUUCUAUGUCAUUGAAUAUGCUGCCUGUGAUGCCACCUACAAUGAAAUUGUUACCCUGGAGCGACUUCGGCCAGUUAAUCCCAAUCCCCUUGCAACCAAAGGCAGCUUCUUCAAGGUUACCAUGGCUGUGCCUGAGGAUCUGAGAGAGGCGUGGGACUUAGGACUGAUUCCCGGUCCCUGGCUCUCCCUCAGUAUUUAUUCCAAGCCAGUUUUAGUGACUUUCCCAUUGGUUUCCUCCCAGUCAACCACAGAAGCCCCUGUGAAGCGGGCAUCUCUGCUGGGUGAUAUGCAUUUCCGAAGCCUGCGCACCAAACUACUGCUAAUGUCCCGCAACGAAGAAGCUACCAAGCACCUAGAGACAAGCAAGCAGUUGGCAGCAGCCUUCCAGGAGGAGUUCACAGUUCGAGAGGACCUGAUGGGACUGGCAAUUGGGACUCAUGGUGCCAACAUCCAGCAGGCCCGAAAAGUACCUGGAGUGACGGCCAUUGAGUUGGGUGAAGAGACUUGCACUUUCCGCAUCUAUGGGGAGACUCCUGAGGCUUGCCGACAGGCCCGAAGCUACCUUGAGUUUUCUGAGGACUCAGUGCAAGUGCCCAGGAACCUGGUUGGCAAAGUGAUUGGAAAGAACGGGAAAGUGAUCCAGGAGAUUGUGGAUAAAUCUGGUGUGGUGAGGGUUCGAGUGGAAGGUGAUAAUGACAAGAAGAACCCCAGGGAGGAGGGAAUGGUUCCCUUCAUCUUUGUUGGCACCCGAGAGAACAUCAGCAAUGCCCAGGCUCUGCUGGAGUAUCACCUCUCCUACCUGCAGGAGGUAGAGCAGCUUCGCUUGGAAAGGCUGCAAAUUGAUGAGCAGCUUCGGCAGAUUGGGCUGGGCUUUCGCCCUCCUGGGAGUGGGCGGGGCAGCGGUGGCAGUGACAAGGCUGGAUAUAGCACUGAUGAGAGCUCCUCCUCCUCCCUCCAUGCGACUCGAACCUACGGGGGCAGCUAUGGGGGCCGGGGCCGUGGCCGGAGGACAGGCGGUCCUGCUUAUGGCCCCAGCUCAGAUGUGUCUACAGCUUCUGAGACUGAGUCAGAGAAGAGAGAGGAGCCCAACCGAGCUGGGCCUGGCGACAGGGAUCCCCCAACCCGAGGGGAAGAAAGCCGGAGGCGGCCAACUGGGGGACGGGGAAGGGGACCCCCACCUGCCCCCCGGCCCACUUCAAGAUACAAUUCUUCAUCUAUUAGCUCAGUGCUGAAGGAUCCAGAUAGUAAUCCCUACAGCCUAUUGGACACAUCUGAACCAGAGCCCCCGGUUGAUUCAGAGCCUGGAGAACCUCCCCCAGCAAGUGCCAGGCGCCGCCGCUCCCGCCGCCGCCGCACUGAUGAAGACAGGACUGUCAUAGAUGGAGGCCUGGAAUCAGACGGGCCCAACAUGACAGAGAAUGGCCUGGAAGAUGAGUCAAGACCCCAACGUCGUAAUCGCAGUCGCCGCCGCCGUAACCGUGGUAAUCGGACUGAUGGUUCUAUCAGUGGAGACCGCCAACCAGUGACUGUGGCUGACUAUAUCUCACGAGCAGAGUCUCAGAGCCGCCAGCGGCCACCCCUGGAACGCACUAAACCCUCAGAGGACUCUCUUUCAGGACAGAAGGGUGACUCUGUCAGCAAGCUUCCUAAGGGCCCCUCGGAAAAUGGGGAGCUCUCUGCCCCCUUGGAGUUGGGUAGUAUGGUGAAUGGGGUUUCAUAAAACCUCCAGCCUGCAUCCCUCCCUUCUCCAUCUCGCUUGCUGCCCAACACCAUGGCCCUCACGGGCCCAACUGACCUGCGCUGGAGCUGCUCUUAUCUAGGGGGGAGGGGGGUGGCACAGCAGCUUGGGUACCCCCCAACCUCCAGGAGCUAGUGGAGGGGUGUGUAACAGGGUCAUACCCCCUCCCUCUUGUCCACCCUACCCCCAGGGUAAGGGGAGCCUCUCUCCCCCAUCAGACUGGAUGUGCCUUUAUCCUCUAAUGCCCCAAUCUCUCUCUGAACACCCCCAUUCUCCACCUGUUGGUGGGGGGUGCUCCUUGACCCACCCAGAUUUGACCGUUCAGGGGGCCUCCCCUGCUAUCCCUCCUCCCAUCCUGUACCCCCCAUUUCUGGGGCCUCAUCACUGUGGAAGACGGGGAUAGUAAGAGAUAAGUGGGUGGGAGGCACGGGGAAGGUUUUGGAGUAGAACCAGGGGUGUGUAUGAAGGGGGGUGACAAGGUCCCCAGGGGGAGGGGACCAACCUUGUCUGGUGGAUGAGAAGGCGUAUUUAUUUUUCACUGUACAGUAUUUAAAAAGAGAAUAAAAAAAAUCCAAAUGGC